CACAGCCUGUGGAGCAGAUGCCUGCUGCAGAGGCUGUGGAGCAGAUGCCUGCUGCAGAGGCUGUGGAGCAGACGCCUGCUGCAGAGGCUGUGGAGCAGACGCCUGCUGCAGAGGCUGCGGAGCAGACGCCUGCUGCAGAGGCUGUGGAGCAGAUGCCUGCUGCAGGGGCUGUGGAGCCCACACUAUCCAGUGAGGCUGCUAUUAGGAAUUCUGAGAGAGAUGGUCCACAAUGUUCAACCCCGAGCCAGCGUCAACGACCACGACGAGCGAAUGUUCGCAGAGAGGAGUCAAUACCUCGUUGGGCCUAUGACCUGGAAUUGAGGAGAAUAGAGGUGGAGACCCGACUCACAGAAGCAGUGGAGGGGAUGCUUGGGGUUUUAAGAGACAUUCGGGACGACUACCGCCGGCAAACAAACCGGGAAUGAUUACCUACUGCGUUGGUCUAGUUGUCGUUCCGAAUGUUGCAAACAAUGUAUCCUCCGCGGCCCCCCCCUCUAUCUUUUGGGUCCAAUGUUUAAAAACGUCAGCGGUUUUACCCAUGCCCAUAGGACCCCUUGUAAGUGGAUGUCUACACCCUACGUUGUGAUUGUUAAUUAGUUUUUAUAUUAAAAAAGAUUUUAAUUAGAAUAAUUAUUAUUAAGUGAAAUUUUAAAUAAUGUUGUACCUUUUAUUCUAAGAAUAAAUAGCGUUUAUAAGA